GGCUUUCCGUCGACGCUCCUGCCGCCUUCCUCUUCCUCCUCUCUAUGGCCUUCCCCCCAUCCGGAGGAAGGAGAGUCGAGACGCGGCCCGCAGCCCCGCCGGAACACUAAGAUGAAUACUUUAGUCAUGUACCCCUCCCACCAGUUUUCAGAAGAAGAUAAAAAGAUGUAUUAUAUCUUGACUGAUGACUUUCCUUAUGGUAGCAAGCUGUUUCCUGCAGGGAGUAUAUGUUACCUGAACGAACAGACUUUCCUGCAUCACAUCAGCAUGGGGUCCACUCGUUUCUGGAGGUUUGUCAUGGUUGAGGACGGUUCUGUGGUCACGAUGGAUGUCGAGAGUCUGCAGCCCCUGAAUGAGAAGAUGGCUGAUUUCCUUCUGGCUGUCAGCAAUGUUCACGAACGGUUAAACUGCUUUCUGGACUGUCGACUUCUAGACGCAGCCAUGAAAGCCAGAGUGGGUCAGCAGGUCUUUGUAGAACUAAACCAUCAAACGUUCCCUGGAGUCAUCCGCUACAUUGGGAAGCUUCAUAAGAGCCCUUGGAUAUCUGGACUCUGCCCUGUUUACUUCGGGGUGGAGCUGCAGGGUGACGGUGAUGGCAAAGGCCACUGUGAUGGAACCUAUAGCGGGACCAAGUGCUUCAAGUGUAAGCCGGGCGGGGGCAUUUUUUUGCCCUUUAACAAGCUGCAGUUCCUGCCAAUGCCGGAGGACACAAAACUGAAGGAGGUGGAAAAGUUGGAUGGCAUUCAGGAGAUGCCAGUCAAAGUCGGGGAGGCCGUGGGCUUCUAUUUGGACGAUGCCUUCACACGAGGAAUAGCAAUGGAUGUGUACAAAGAAGGGAGCACCUGGAUGGUGAAAGUGUGCCUGGAGGAUGAAGCCAUCAUGGAUGGUUUCCGAAUUAUCCCUAUGGACUCUGUGGUGAAAGAGGAGCUGCUGCUUCCAGCUUUUGAAAUAGAGGCAGAUUCGGGGCCUCAAGACCGGCUAAAAUGUAAGAGAAGUGAGAGCGAAACAGAGAAGGAAACCAAGCCACCCUCCCUGGACGUGAACUCCGUGGUCCAGAUCGAUUUAGAGAAGGGGAAUUCCGUCACGGGAACGAUCCGCUGGGUUGGCUGCCUACCCAACACUCGGGAGAAAGUGGCUGGGGUUGAGUUGGAUGAAGAGAAGGGGGUCUCGGAUGGGGAGUUGCAAGGCAUCCGCUACUUCAGCUGCCCCCCCAAGAGGGGUCUCUUUGUGAAAUUGGAGUCGUGCCAGCCAGACAUGCGUUUCCAGACAAACAGUCACACACCUUGGGAAUCCCUGGAGCUGAGUGGACCAGACACCCCUGUGGUCUUCAGCAACCUGCCACCCCUCAGGGACGAGAUGGCUGUGAAGGUCUUAAGUGGGCGGAUGAGAGGGAUCCAAGGCCAUUGCAACUCCUGCUACAUGGAUGCCGCCCUUUUCAGCCUCUUCUCCUGCACAUCAGUCCUGGACUCCAUGCUCUACAAGCCUUCUUUCCCACCUGAGCUGCAAGUUCAGAAGAUCCUCCGGGACAAGAUAGUCAACCCUCUCAGGCAGAAUGGUUUUGUUGCUGCUAGGAGUGUGAUGGAUCUACGGCACCACCUGACGGAGAAGGGCCAGUGUUCCAGCUUUGCCACCUCAGAGAAAGACCCUGAGGAGUUUCUGAAUCUCAUCAUGCAUCGCAUCCUUGGGAUAGAGCCCCUUUUGAAACUACAGUCUGGGCGGCUGAAGGAGCAAGAGUGCUAUUAUUACCAGAUAUUUAUGGACAAGCAGGAGGACUUGGUGGUCCCCAAUGUGCAGCAGCUGGUGGAACAUUCCUUCCUGUCUUCUGAUCUCAAGCUGGUGGAGAUCCCAUCCUGCUUUAUCAUUCAAAUGCCCCGUUUCGGCAAGGAGUACAAGAUGUUCAGCAAGAUCAUUCCCUCCUUGGAGCUGGACAUCACCGAUCUGCUGCAGGAUAGUCCCAGAGAAUGCUUUGUGUGUGGAGAUGCGGCCACUCGAGAGUGCUCGGCGUGCUUUAAAGACAAAAUGUUCGCCGACACGGGUCUGAAGCAGUACUGUGAUCCCUGCUGCAGGCAGGCUCACUCUCAUUACCAGCGGAAGGCCCACCGGACCACCGAGCUGCACAUCCCCGAGGAGUUCCACAGGGCUUUUUGCCAGGGCAACCGGCGGGUCCCUCGGGAGAAGCUGGAGCUCUUUGCCGUUCUCUGCAUCGAGACGAGUCACUACGUUGCCUUCGUGAAAUAUGGACCAGAAAAGGAGAACUGGAUGUUUUUUGACAGCAUGGCAGACAGGCAUGGUGAUGAGAACGGUUACAACAUCCCCACGGUGACCCUGUGCCCAGAGGUGGCGAAGUACCUGGAGAUGCCGGUGGCUGCCUUGGCCAUGGAGCAGCCCCGAGACAUGGAAGGAGUCGCCAAGCGCCUCUUCUGUGAUGCCUACAUGUACAUGUACCAGAGCAAGAGGAUGGCGCUCUAUAAAUGAUGGCCGAGUCGCUUCGUAUCGCUGACCGUGGAAUGAAGGCGGAGCCGUCCCAGGACCCUUUUGCUGCGGGUCUCUUCCGAGACGUCGCUCAUGCUGUUUACAAAACUUGCCUUUAGGGACAAGAGGAAGGGGAAUGAUCCUUGUUUCCACAGCUGAUGACUUGGAACUGGCAAGCCCCAGGUGACCCGCGCUGUGGGGGAGGGCAUCACCCCACCGCGGUCUUUCCAUGUCCUUUUCCCGGGAGCCUUCCCCCAUAUUUUCUCAGCACUGGGUCAUACCUGGGGAAGGCAGAAAGCUCCAGGCCCGUCUGGAUGCAGCUCCGUGGUCCUGCGACUCUGAAUCCGGUCGUGGUUUAGGCCACGGAUCCAGACCACUUGUGGGCUUGGCCAAUCCCAGCUUUGGAUCGAAUUUUUCUCCCUGCUUGUCUGGGAGAUGGGAAUGGAGACUCUCUGGUGAAGAAAAGCUUCCUGCCAGUUCUCGGUUUGACCGGGAAUCCCAAGGGGACCAGCUGCUGCUCUUCCCCUGGCACAUCCGGUUUGUCUCUUUCCUUGGACCCCUGGCAUUGGUGGGAGCCCUCGCGCAGACGACGGGCCCUUGGGCUUCUCACGCGCCCUAGUUUUAGACGAAAGUGCUAGCGGUUGUGUCUGGCUUUGUUUGUACCCUGUGGUGUGGCAGAAGGGAAAGGAAGCCAGCAGUUCUUCUUGCCUUUCCCUCGGAGGUUUUCGUCCUGGUGCAAAAACCUGCCUCAUGGGGUUCAGAAAUCAUGCUUGGUUGACCUUCUCUUUUCAAAAUCCUAUAAAGGUUCCUUAGCAAUUUAUCUUCACCGGGUUGGACUGAGGUUCUCUUUAAGGUAAUAUAUUUGUUGCUCAACUAGGAAUGAGAAGGUGGGCUCGCCAUAGCCUCUCCCCGCUCUUCUCCACUGAAAAAGGGGCAGCCAUGCCGGCAGAAGUCUCCAGGAGCUGUGAAACAAGAGAGUUAUCUUCUAGGUACUUAACAGCGUCAAGAAAAAAAAGGGAGGACGCAGCCUAUGGAGGGAUAGAGAACGAAGGAGGUAGAGCUUCCAGAGACCCUUUGCGUCUGCCCACUCCGGCUGUAAAGGGUUGGCAUUUGGCAUUUUCGGACAUUCCCACAGGAGUAUAAAGGUAUAUCGAAAAUAUUAUGUGCAAGACAUGUAGAGUUCUAUCUGCUUGGCGUAGAUUUUGCAAAAUGACAUUUUAGUAGAUGAAAGACAGGUAACGUUUUGUGAAUAUUGUGCAAUAAAAUAAGAGUGAGGGGUGGGCAGAUUGCUGGACCCAUUUGGUGGGGUUUCUGUGAUGCUACUGAGAGGUCACGCCUUGUAGGCUGUGAACCAUUUCUUGAACCUUUAGCACUUUUCAUCAAAGGUACCGCCUUUUGGAAUGAGGAUUAUGUUUGACAGGGAAUGUGGGAGCUCGUCAGCGUCCAGAAACUGGAAAUGAGAUCAAAGUAUGGGAAAUUCAACAAGUGAGGAGUCGGCUCCAUUUAUCUGGCACUCGACGGGAGUGACGUAGCAACCUUCCCACUUCGUUUUGCUGGUGGUCUAGCAUCCCAACCAGCGACGGGUACUCAGCUGGCUUAGAAAACUCAUUUGACAUAAGCAAACCAUUUCUGUGCAAUAUCUGGGGUGUCUUUGCUGAUUUAAACCAUGUUUCCCACCACUGUAACCUUAUCUCUGAAGUAUGUAAUUUUCCCUCUCUCAUUAUUUCUCUAAUUUUUACCUUAAGCAAUCUCAGGGAAACAAAGAUUUUUUUUAUUAUAUUGUGAUAACUAAUUUCUAAAACGUACUUUCCAAUAAUACAAUCUUAUUUUUGACUCGA